GCGGCGGUGGCGGCGCGGAGCGGCGGGGGAUCCGGCGCGGCCACGGGCAGCAGCGGCACCAUGCAGCAGGAGGCGGAGGGUGGCCGGCUGCGCCGCAGGAAGCCCGACAUGGCCCUCUACGUGCCCAAAGCGCGGCGGGAGAGAGCGGCGCAGGUGGUGGGUGACACACUGGCUGGGAUCCGGCAGGAGCCCAAGAACUACUGCCUGGCGCAGGGCACUUGCCGGGGCAACAGCGAGAGCCAGAGGCGAAGCCCCUGUGCCAGGAUGCAGGCGGGCAGAGCAGCAAGGAGGGAGAGCAAGGUGGAUGCCAGCCCGAAGGAACCACGGGCAGCCUCUGCUGGGCACUGCCGGCGGCUGGGACGGAGCUGCCCCACUGCACCGGAGGGCCCGGGGGCAUCAGCCAGCAUGCGGGAGCUGUGCCCAGAUCCAGCUGUUGCUCAGCUCUGUGAUGGGCAGGACAAAGCAUCCUAUGAUGAAGGACUCAGGGGGCUCGGCCACGGCCAUCGGAUGAUAAGAACUGAGCCUGAACCUCCAUCCCCACCAAGUGCCCAGCCUGGGGCGACAGAGGCUACCUCUGAUCCCGGGGGCAACCCCGCUAGCCCAACACCCCCUGCUAGCCCAAUGCUGGCAUGUCGGACAGGGCCGAGCAGUGUGUCGGAGCAUUUGGGGGACAGCACCCCUGAUCCAGCUGGAGACUUCUCCCAUCACCCAGGAGAGGGUGUGCUGCAGCUGGCAGAGCUGGGCAGUGUGCCCGGGCUGGGAUGGGAGCUUGCAGGUCCAAAAGCCCAGGAGGAGGAGAGGGAGCAUGUAGGGUCUCUCCUGGCAGGGGAGAGCGAGAGCUGUGCCGCUGGGGUGCCAGAGGAGGAGGAGGAGAGGUGGGGAGGCAUGGCUGAGCUUGCUGGGGAGAGCUUGGAAGCACCAGGAGCAGCCAGCUGCAAACCUGGGUGCUCGAGGGGUGGCACGGGUGAUGCACCAGUGCUCCCAGGGGAGAGCACCCUAGGGCAGGGCAUUGUCAGCCUGUCCCAGCUCCCACCCAGCAAGGAGGAGAGCACUGCUGGUGCCGAGCACCCCAGGGGAGAGGGCGACCUGGUGCCCGCUGUGGAGGGAGCGGGCAGCACUUCUGCCUGCACAGACGGCAGCGCCAGGGCUGAGAGUGGCCCGCUGGAUGCUGAUGAUGAGCCGGUGAGCGGUGUGUGGGAGGGGGCACCCCCAGAGAACCAUAAGCCCCCACCGCCCCUGGAGCUUCUGUGCCAUGGUGUAGAGGGGCUCUCACCCACAGCCUGGGUGGAGGAGCCAGCAGGGGCAAACAGGGACGUGGGCUCACCACAGCAGCACCAGUGCAGCCGGGAGGCUGAGGAGAAAGAGGGAGGUCUCUGCAGUGGGUCCCCAAAGCCAGAGCAGACCAGUUCUGGGACCCCGAGCCAGGCCAGCCCAGGUGCUGAGGAGAGCUGGGACGCUCUGUUCAACGACGAUGGGGACUGCCUGGACCCACGCCUGCUGGAGGAGCUCUCGGGAGGUGAGAAGCACCGGGAGAGGCAGCAGUCACCCCGCUUUGACUACUACGGGGCUGAGCCCACCGCACUGGACCUCAGCGAUGCCGAACUGCCACAUGUCAUCGAGAUCUAUGAUUUCCCCUCGGAUUUCCGCACCGAGGACCUGCUUCGUGUCUUCUGCAGCUAUCAGAAAAAAGGCUUUGAUAUUAAGUGGGUGGAUGAUACACAUGCCCUGGGCAUCUUCUCCAGCCCCAUAACAGCACGUGAUGCCCUCAGCACCAAGCACCUGAUGGUGAAGACGCGCCCGCUCUCCCAGGGCACCCGCGCCUCUAAAGCCAAAGCCAGGGCGUACUCCGAAUACCUGCAGCCAGCCAAGGAGCGCCCCGAAACGUCGGCUGCCCUGGCCAGGCGGCUGGUGAUCGGUGCCCUGGGGGUACGCAGCAACCAGACGCCAGCCCAGCGAGAUGCCGAACGGAGGAAGCUGCAAGAAGCCCGAGAGAGGAAGCGCCUGGAGAACAAACAGCGGGAGGAUGCCUGGGAGGGCCGGGACUGAGCUGGGAAGCUGCACCUUCAGCCCCACUGAGAACACCCCUGGGGUGCCUGCACCCCAAUUUGUGGGCAGGCAGGGCACCCUGCAUCUCAGAGCUGGGACGGAUGCCGCACCGCAUCCAAAAGCAGUGGGCUGCUCCCCCGAUAGGGCUGAGCAGGGUGUGCGCAGGCUGGUCGGUGCUGUGCAGAUGCCGUCGCUGUCUUGGUGCUGCCCGUCCUGCCCGGGGCGGGACCCCUGGUGCUGCCUGCUGCGGCGGGAGCAGCCGGCGGGACGCAGGGAGCUCGGCAGCGAGUGUGCGGGGCCGUGCGGGACGGCCCUGGCCACCUGGCAGGGCCUUGCGAGCGAGAGUUUCAGUCCUUUAUUUUGCUAAUAAAUACCAUUUAUUUUACUGCG